AUGCUUCCUCGCCGGGCAGCACCCGCGCCUCCCAAUGGUCUCCCUCCAACGUCCUCCGCCGCAGCUUCUUCCUCCUCGUCGUAUGCGGAUGCCUCCGAACUCGACAAGUAUAAGCUUGUCUCCAAUAUCGGGAAGGGGAGCUUUGGGGUGAUCAGCAAGGUCCAAAGGGUGGACGAUGGGCGAGAGUUUGCGCUCAAGCAGCUGGACUAUGCGAAGAUGACGGAUAAGGAUAGGAAGCAGAUCCUGGCUGAAGUGGCGAUCCUGGAAUCGCUGAAACAUCGCAACAUCGUCCAGCUUAUACAGAAGAUCAAGGAUCCCAAGAACGAGCGGAUAUACAUCAUCAUGGAGUACUGCACUUCAGGCGACCUCGGUUCUCUGAUCCGCAAAGCGCAGCGGUCCAAUACCCCACUGAACGAAGAUAAAAUCUGGAACAUCUUCCUCCAGAUCGUCCAAGCGCUACAUCACUGUCAUUGGCCUAAUGAGCGGAGUCAGAGCAGUACGACCGGAAGAGGAGCUCUGUCGAGGGGUACAGCGGCGGAGAAGGAGGCGAGGUACCAGGUGCUGCACCGGGAUUUAAAACCUGAGAACGUAUUCCUUUCGGAUGACUUCGUAAAGCUCGGUGACUUUGGCCUGAGCAAGGAUAUGGGUACUGCAGCGUUUACGUCAACUUACGUCGGAACACCGCUGUAUAUGCCACCCGAGAUUCUCGCUGAGAACAAAUACGACACCAAGUCUGAUAUAUGGAGUCUUGGAUGUCUAGUAUUCGAGAUGUGUGCCUUAACAUCGCCCUUCUCAGCCGCGACGACCCAAGCGGAGCUCAUCACUAUGGUCCGGUCCGGCCGAAUUCCCUCCAUACCUCCUCAGUACUCUGCAACGCUACGAGAUGUCGUCAAGGCCAUGUUGACCCUCAAUCCUGCCAAGCGACCUACUACGGGGCAGCUGCUCGAGCUGGAAGAGAUGAAGCUACACAGAAAGCUAUUCUCUGUGCAGAACCAGACUCAAUUGCUUGUUACCAAGAAGGACGAGCUCCGGAAAUACGAGGAGUCGCUGCAUCAUCGCGCUCAGCAGCUCAACGAGCGGGAAGAGCAGAUCAUAGCACAGGAAGCGACAUUAGCGGAACGGGAAGAAGCGUGCAGGGUGAAGGAGGAAGCUGCGGGGGAGACGCAGAAGAGGCUGAAUCAUGCGGCGGACACCCUCAGGGCGCAGUGGGAGAAGCUGAGGGAGGAGAAGGCGGGGAUGGGUCUCGGUCAGGAACCACUCGCUAUCCGUCGACCGUCCAUGCCUCCUGCCCGGCCGCCAUUGGAGGAAAGAGCUACGAUGCCUCUUCCCUCUCUUCCACGCCCUCCCCGUCCACAACACACCUACUCCUACGACGACACCCCCUCCAAGAUACCCGUCCCCAUCUACUCGACCCCCUCAUCUUUCUUCUCUGGUGCACGCAACCCUGCCGGUUCGCUCCGCCGAAACGCCUCGAAAUCACUUGGUAACCUCGCUGCGCGUGCCCAGGCCGAGGCUCAGGCAGACGCUAAUCGAGCCGCUGCUGCCUCUGCUAUCGGAACGGGGCUUGAAGGGACGCCAGCGAAGCAGGUCAUCAGGGGCCAUGUGCAUCAGCGGAGCAGUAUCGGAUCGCCCAAUGACCUCCAAAAGCAGUACGACCAGCUCGUCUCUGGUGGACGGUCCGGGGCGGCUGCGUACUACGGCGCCUGGUCGGACGACGUCUCGAUGGCGAGCCCGGCGCUCUCGGUCGCUGCUGCCGGAUCACCCUUCAUGCUUCCCGGCGGCAGGCGGAAAUCAGCCGGUAUUGUCCGGCCCUUCCCUCUCGGCCCGAACGCCACUGCUACUGGCUCCGGGUCUGGAUCUGGAUCUGGCUCAGGCCCACUCCGACCUUCCGGAAGCGCCACGAGCCAGGACUCCAUGUCGUCCGCCGAUAGCGGCGGGAACAUGCAAGCGUACAACCUUCAUACCGUCUCCCAACAACUUCCCACCCCGGCCAAAUGGUCUAUGGAGGAUCCGGACCUCCCCUCGCCCUUCCUACGCCGGAUACCUACCGCACCGCCCGUCAUUCCCAGCCAGCGCGAACGGCAGCCGCUGGGAAUGAUCAAUAUCCCGCAGGCGAUGCCGAUGCCGGCUCCUACGGGUGCUGGGGGAGUGGGGAAGAAGGGGUCGAGCACGGGUAUACCACGGUCGAGGAGCGGAAACCUGCAUCAGCACGUGUUGAAGCAGAAUGCGGCGCAGGCGCAGCAGGGCGAGAACAGACGGGAAGGAGGCGGUGGGACCGGGACCGGGAGUGGAGGGCCGAAGGCACAGAUCAGGCAGGGCGUGGCGGGCCGUUGA